AAUUCACGUGACAGCGUCUCUCAGUCUCAACAUUUAACAUGGCUUUUAUCACAGAGGAGCAGUUCGGUGCUCUGCAGCUGCUGUUAAAGGCUCCAUCUAAAGAUGUAGUGCGGCAGAUCUGCACAGACAGUUUCCCAGCCGCAGCGCUCAAGUCUCAGUCUCUAGUGGAAAACACUUCCAAUGCUCUUUCCGUGUCCAGAGAUGAAGCGAUUCAGGUGCUGACGGGUUUUCACACUCUGUCGCAUCAUGUCGUGUUCCAGAAUUUAUCCUCUCCAGAACAGAUCCUGUCUGUUUUUCCAGAAUCAUUCCACUCAAAUCUGAAGAAUCUGAUCACCAAAAUUCUCUUGGAGAACAGUCUCUCGUGGAGAAAUGAAGCUUUGUCCAGUCAAAUUUCACUGCCAAAGCUGGUGGAUAUGGAAUGGCGAGUGGACAUGAAGACGGCCUCAGACUCUUUAAGUCGUAUGGCAGUGCCAACAUGUCUUCUGCAAAUGAAACUCGAUGACUCUCCGUGCAUUAAUGGCAGUCCAAGUGAGUCCAUGGUUACAGUGGAGCUGAGCAGAGAGACGUUGGACACCAUGAUAGACGGUUUGGGUCGCAUCAGGGACCAGCUGACUGCAGUGGCAAAGAAGUAGAGAAUGGGAGACCUCACCGUCACACCUGUCUGUUUAUGAACAUUUCAACAAAGAAUCAAUGGAAAUGGAGGAAUGUCAAAAAUGUAAAGGAAAAUGGACAUUAAAAGAUUUGUAAACUAGGUUACCUGAUUACAUUUGUAAAAUGGAGUUUGCUCAUGUUUAGAUGUGUGGUGUGUUUCAUGUACAGAAACUUUGUUAAAUAAAAGCUGUCUCUAACUUUUA